AUGAGCUAAGAAGAAAAUAACUAUUUAAGAUUUGGAGAUAAAAUAGUUAUAAAGGGGUUUUUGAGCAGAGGAUAGCAAGAUUAUGGAGGAUUCCUAUGCGCAAAAGGAUUCACUUAAAGUAAUAUAUCAUUUUAGGUUAUACCUAAUGAUAUUUUGUAAAAGUCAUCUGAAUAUACAAAUAAUUUAAGCUUUUUGAAGAAUUAUAACGACUUUGUAUUCUAAAUAUGGCCUCGUCUCAACUUCUAAGCUUCUAAAGAAUAUCGUCAUCACUAAAAGCGCGUAGAUUAUCUCUAAAAAAAUAUUGAAAAGCUUGUUUAAGACAACAAGAGAAGAACUCAACGACACAUCGCAGAAUCCUAUACAGAAACAUAAAAAAUAAAGCUUAAAAAAAUGGAUACAAAAUUAGAUGUAGAUCUUUAAAAAUUAAUAGAUGAAAAGGAUUAAUAUGAAAGUAUAUCAUAGACAUUAAAGGAAAAUGUAUAAAGAGAAAAUGAAAUGAAUUUAAAGUCGUUAAAUCAGUUUUAAGGCUAACCAGUUGGUUAUGGUACAGAGAUCUAAAUUAUGCAUGUAGAUUCAGGCCUAUUUUUAUCAAGCUAAACUAUAGCCUCUGAUUCUGAAAAGUCAGCAUAUAAAUUUCAGCUUUCAAAAGACUACUCUUCUGGAAUGAUUUUUAGAAUAUUACCUAAAUACAGACUGCGUAAUAUAGGUGAUACUAUUUAGUACAGAGACUAAAUGAUAAUAUAGAGCGUUAAGCUACGUUUUAGUGUAAGUUUUUCUGAAGAGUAAGCGGAGAUAGGAAAAAAUAAACAACCAGUUUAAGAUUUCAACGAAUAUAAACAAGUAGAAGAGAAAAAAAAUGAUAAAAUAUCUUUUAUUAUUGACACAUAUAUUAGCCAAUAUUCUGAAGUUGCUUGGGAGUUUAGAAAGUAUUCAACAUGCUCUUCACAAAAUAAUUUACCUAAAUCAGUAAUCAGUGGAGGAGACUUUGUCAGAUUUUUUCACUCAGAAACUGAAGGAUACCUCACUGCUGAUAUAGCCUACUAAAAUUAACUACUUCCUUAAGUUUAUUUAGGUAAUUACAAUGGAACUUAUGAAUAAGAAAAAUAUUCAAUCUCUUCUGUUUGGUAGAUUGAAUAAAUUAAUGACUAUAAUAAGGGAGGGCCUAUUUCCAUAAGUUAAGAUUCAGAAUCUGUUUUCUUCUAUUUAAGACAUGUUUAGACAGGUCGUCUACUUAGCUUUAAUUAGGGAGGAUUUAGUUUAGAUUAAGACAAGGAUAAUAUAUAAUAGCUUGACUAUCAAAAUGCUUUUGUAUAAUUUAUUCAAACAAAAGCAUCAGAUAUCUAAUAUUUAGAAAAUUAGCAAUCAUAUCACAUUAGUAUUUUAAAAAACUAUAUGGAUAUUACAAAAGAACCUGAAUAAGUUUUAGAAAAUAAUGAAAAUGUUUAAAUUCCUGGAUUCUAUUAGGGAUUAAAAGACAAAGAGUUCAACUUUAAUAGACAAAUUAUCAAUAGUGAUCUUGAAAUAAAUGAUGAAAAUGCUUUAUAAAUAUAAAAAUUAUCUGAGUAAGAAAAAUCAGAUAUUCUAUUUUCUUUGUCUGCAUAGCCAGUCUUGAUUAAAUUUGUUAAUAUAUUCAAGUAUAAAUAAUCGAGUGAUUUAAUUACUCAUGAUUUAAAACAAAAGGUUACAUAAAGCCUUGAAUAGCUUAUCCGCUUUGUUUGUGAAUUAAAUAGCUUGGAUGAAACCAAAGGCAUUUUGGAUUGCUAAGGUUUUUGUAUAUAAAAAAAUUAAAGGUUACUCAAAGAUUGUUAAUUUAUUUAGAUUCUCACAAGUUUGUUGUAUUAUCCUUUUAAAAACAACUAUUAUAAUCCAAAAAACUUAAAGUUAUUACCUAAAGACAUUAUUUACAUAUUUUAGCUAACGAAUGUUUUGAUUAAAUACAUAAUUAGAGAAUAUAGACCAAACGAGUUAUUUGCAUCACAAUGGUUGGAAUUGCUUAUGGAGUAAGCUAUGGAAUAUGAUAAUGAUGUUGAUAUUUUAGCUGAACCAACUUUAACAGAAUUAAUAGAUAACAAUGAAUACAUACUGAAGUAUAAGAUUGACGAAAAUAUUAUUUUAAAAUUUGUUGAAUUACUGAUAAAAGAAAAAUCUAUCAAAUUCAUUAAAUUGCUAAGAGCUUUAAUCAAUUGUGAUAAUAAAGCAAUGAAGAAUAAUUAAGAUACAGUUAUAACUAAAUUGCUUUUUGAAAAUAAUUAAGCAGAGAAUUUCAUCAACCCUCUUAGUAUGCUUCAAAAUGGAAAAAUAUAAAUUAGAAUUCGAGAGGUCCCUUAUGAUUUAGAGUAAAUUAAAUAAAUUCAUUCGAGAGAAGUCAAUGAAUAUAUGAAAUUUUAUAUAAAUGUCAUAUAUCUUUUUUCUGAUUUGUGCAUGGAUAAAUAAUUUAUCGCAAUCGAAUUUCUCAGUAAAUACUUUUCUUAUGAUAUAUGCUAUACAAUCAUAAGUGGAUAGGAGUUUGAUAUGGAUUUAAAGAGUGCUUUUUGCUCUUUUAUGAGAACAUGCUACAUAGAAGGUUUACAUUUGAAUCCUAUAUAGGCUCCUAUUUAUUUAAAAUAAUGGGAUUUGAUUUACUCUCCUAAAGGUGAGUUGCAAUGGUAGAAAUAAUUAGAAAACAUGACAAAGAUUAUGAAUUAAAACAAGCUAGUAAAUGCUGGCUUUUAUGGUUAACGAUAUGUCCCUUCUUAUUCAGAAAACCCUGAUAUUUUAUAAUGUUAAUAUUAUAUUGAAAAAUUCGAUAAUUUAAAAGAUUUUAUUUAGCUUUAUUUAAAUCAAAUUACUGAUGAGUAACUGUAUUAGAGAAUAUGGGAAACAGAGUUUAAUGAAUUUACCUUGAAUAUCAUAAAAAUUUGCAGCUCUCUGUUUACUUAUGGUAUGUACAAUACUAUUUCAUAAAUUAAUUAAAUACUAGCUCCAUUAAUUAAAUUCUUGGAUGCUUCGCGUGAUGUAUUAUCAGAACAAGAAGAAAAAAUAUUGAAAAAAGAAUAAAAGAUUAAAAAAAUAUAGCAAAAAUCAGCUGAACUGCAACAGUUAGAGGAAAAAAAAGAAAAUAAAAUUUCAAAAAAAUUCAAUAGAUAUAAUUAAACUGAAGAGAGUAUGAUACUCUGCUAAUGUAGGACUAAUAUUUGCGAGAUAUUAGAUUUUGCUAAUAACAUAAUUUUGAACUGGAUGGGCGAUAAAAUUUUAAUAUAAUUCAAGAAGUUUUAUGAAGAAAGUAAUUUAGAAACCAAAUCAGUUCAACAAAUCCUCUAAAUGAUUAAAGAGAGAAAUAACUAUUUAAAGGCAGUUUAAGACUUUAAAAAUGAUAAAAAUGAGUUAAAAGAAAAACGUGAUAAGGAAUAAAUCCUUAUCCCUCCAUUCGAUCUUUUGUAAUAACCUUUAGACUGGAUUAAUGAUAGAGUUCAGGAUACUUUUUUCACAAUAGAUUCUCUAGUAUAGAAAAAAAAGGGCAGCAAGAAUCCUUUAGACAAAACAAUUAACAUUUAUUUGAUAGAUCUUUUAUUAUAUGAAAAUUCUGACUUGGUAGAAUCUGCCAUGCAAAUCUUAUAAGCAAACUUUUCAAAGAGAUAUAAUCUAGUAGAAUAUUUAAAGGAAAUUCAAAUUAUUGAUGAUUCUCAUAAAAUAUCCAUUCUUUAAAAGGCUUAAGAAAAUUAUUAUAGACUAAACAACUUAGUUGAUGACUCUGAAGAAUGGUAUGGAUUGAAUAGUGAGAGAGGAUAACAAAAUUCUUAAAUUAUGUUGGAAAUUCUUGAUGAACUCUUUUACUUUCUCACUGAUUCAUAAAUUAGACAAGUGACAGAAAUAGAUGAAGUAGUUUCUUAAAAGUAAAGUUCAAAAAAGAAAUUUCUUCAAGUAGAUGAUAACGGAGACGAUGAAGACCCAUAAUUAUAACUGAUAGAAAAUGAUGAUCAAGAUCCAUACAAUGAUUAAGGUAUAAUGCACGAUGAAUUUUCAAGUGAGCAUAGCAUUAUUCAAGAUAAAUUAAAUUAGCUUAUUUCUAGUGAUAUAAACUAGAAAGGAAUAAGUAUUAAUGAAGACUACUACCACGAAUUUGUUUUAAAAAAGCAUAUACGUUAAGAGAUACAAAAAAUGUUUAGAUUACUAUAAAUUCAUAAGCCAAUAGUUUAAAUGCUUUUAUAUGACUUGGAAUGGUUAAAAUAAAUAGAAAAAGUGAAAAGCUAGGCCAUUCUUAAAAAAUGUUUCAAAAUAUUAUCUUUAUUUUGCUUUGAUAAUAUUCAAAAUUAAUAAUAACUUGCUGAAUAUAUAGAUUGCUUUAUUGGGCACCUGUAAAAGGAGACUAAUACUCUCCCUUAGAUGUUAUUGAAUGAAAUUGCUAGAAACAACGAAGAGUUAUUGACUGAUCAUAAGCUAGUCCAUAAAUUAAUAGAAAGUUAUUGCAAAAUUAUCAAUCAUUAAACAUCAAAUAACUAACAAAGAACAAUUAUGCUUGAAUACCUAUCAAACUUUAUGAAAUUUAAGGGAUAAGUUAUCAGAUAGAAUUAAAUUGAUGUGAUGCUCUGUUUAAGUAAUCCUAAAUACAAAUUUAUUUUGUUUUAAUUAGGACUAGGAAAUAUUUAGUAAGAUAAUACAUUUUAUUUGCAAUGUAAUCAGCUAUCAUAGCAAAUAGAAAAUGGUUUAAAAUCAAAUACUCCAUAAGUCUGCAUUCCCAUGCCUAAUGAGUUGUAAUACUUUAUCUAAUAACUAGAAUUAAUGUCAACUGCAUGCGAAGAGAAAAAUGGUAUUACUGAAAAUAAAAGUUAAAACUAUUUCCCAUUAGAAGUUAUUUAUGAGUUACUUUAAUAAACACCAAAGUGUUGGCCAAUAAGGAGAGCUGUUGUUUAAUUUUUCUAUCAUGUUUUCUUGGAAACAGAAAAAGAUAUCGAAGAUUUAGAAUACAUUCAAAAAAUAUUAUUUUUGAUUCAAAGUGACCUAGAAUAUAUCUCUAAUAAUAUUAAGCAAUUAGAAGAUUCUCAAGUUUAUGUUAUUAAUUUUUAGGGAAAUACAUCUCUUAGAUCAUUAAUUUAGGUUUAUACUUUUGGCCUUUUAUUCUAUUGUGUUAAAGAGUCAGCAGAAAGAUAUUUAAUUAAUUAAAAAGAAUAAGUUUAUAGCUUUUAUAAGAGCAUUAUUCAAUCAUUUGUAAAAUUAUAAGCUAUUUUAACUGACAAGGACGAAUGUAAUAAGGUAUUUAUUGCCUAAGUAUUCUUUAUAAUUCAAUAAAAAAGGCACAUAUAGAAAUCUUCACUUGAGAUAAAAGAACUCAAAGAACAUUUUUUACCUGAAAUUAAAGAUCUUAUAAAAAAAUAUGAAAAUCAAUAAAUAAAUCACAAUAAGCAAAACAAUUAAAGCAAUUAAUAGAAGUAAGAUUUAUCUAAAUAUGGAAAAUUGUAGCAAUUACCUUUAAAAUUUCACAUCAUAUUCAAAAAACUCUCAGAAACUCAAAUUUUUAAGUAAUGUGAAGAAUAGGAAUUUUAGGAUCUGUCUUAGACUAUGAAAAAAAUAUAAAUUUUAUCUAAGAAUACAUUAAAAAAUAAUAAUAUUAUAUCUUUUGAGCAAUUAUGUAAAAAGUUUUGCUCAAUUAUGAACCCUUAAAAUACCAAUCUCCCAGAUUAAUAUUACCUUCUUGGAUUAAAGAUUUUUAGAAAUUUGAUUGAAGAAGAAAAUUCAGGGGAAGCUUAGCCUGCUGCAGAAUGGGAUGGGCAGCUUUCUUUUUAGAGUUUAGUAAUUUAAAGAUAAAAUACUUUGACUGAUUAUGGAGUUAUUCAGGUUGUGUGUAAUUUUUUAAAUGCUAAUUUUAAAGCUGAAAUAAAGAAUGAAGCUAUACUUCUUGGUAUUGCUAUGCUAUAUGGAGGAAAUUAAAAGUGCUAACAAGAGCUAUUUAAUUGCUUGAUGUAAGAUUCUAACAAUACAGUUAUGAUUUGCCUAUUUUAAAUGAUUUAAAAUUACUCUACAAAAAUCAAAAAAUAAAUGUCAUUCCGAAACUAAGAAUUCUAAGAGAAAUUCAGGUAGCGAAUUCAUGAUUUGAAGGCUAAGAAAAAUAAUUCAGACAAUGUCCUUAUAAAUAAUGAUUAUGAUGAAUAAAAAGAAAAAGAAGCAAAAGAAAAAGAAGAAUAAAUGCUUAUCGUUUAGGAAGUUUAAGGAUAAAUCAAUGCUUACGAAGAGGAUGAAAUAAUUUUGAAUUUAAAAAGAAUAUAUAGAUUCCUUUAACUAUUCUGCGAAGGGCAUUUUUUACCGUUAUAAGAUUUCUUGAGAGAGUAAAAGCAAAAUGGAAAUUUAAAUCCUUAGUCUAUCAAUUUCAUUAAAACUAUUUCUUAGAAUUUUGGUAGUCUAAUCCGUUAUUUGAACGAUAAAACUAUCGAUCUUGGCUAGUAAAUGAUUGACUUGCUCAUUGAAAGCUUAUAAGGUCCUUGUUAGCUGAAUCAAAAAUGUUUAUCAGACAAUAGAAUAGUGGAUUAUAUAAAAGAAUUGCUAUCAACAUUUAAUUAAGAGAGUGACUAUGAAAAACGGGGAAUAGUUGAAGAUGACUUAAAAGAUUAAAUAGAUGAAAUGGUUUCAAAAUCUACUAUUUUGCUAGUUUCUUUAUUAGAAGGAAAUACAGAGUAGCAAAUACCUCUUUAUAUUGACCAAUAAUUGGAUUAUGGAUUUAUUAGGUAAUUCCUCACUAAUUAAUUUUAGUAGUUUGUUACAGAAGAUCUUGAGAUGAAUAUUAGAAAUGUCUCAAUCAAAGAAAUUAUUGAGAGAGUUUCAGAAAAGUAGUAAGAAUUUACCGGAUAAAUUGAGAUGGCAUUUAAUAUGUUUAUUUUAUUAGCAACUAUAAGCGACUAAUUAAAGAGAUUAAAUCCCGAUUUGGUAUCAGAAGCUUAAAAAUGUAUAGAACAAAAAACUGAAAAUAUAGAAGAUUAAGCCAUAGAAUUCUUUUCUCAAAAUACUUGCAAUAUUGAAGUUUUCUUCUAAGAUAAAAUUUGCAGAGUAUUCUUUGUUAAGCACCCUGCUUGCAGAAACAUUUCAAAGCAUUCUAGAGAAGAGUUUAUGAAUGAAGUUGAAAGAGGGACUUUAAAUGAUAAAUUAGGAAGCUUGAUGGAAGAAGCUGAGACUUUCUUUACAGAAAUGGAUCAUAUGACUUAAUUAAAAGGGUGGAUCAUCCAUUUCACUUCUGAGAGAUACAAAAUGUUAAAGUGGUUUUCUACUAUUGUAGUUUUUGCAAUAAAUAUAACUAUGAUUGCUUCUUUUGAAAGAAAGCUUCAGGAAGGUUAUACUGUAAUAGAUAGGUCAUAAACUGCUUCUACUUAGGUUAUAUAUGCAUUAGGAAUCAUUUAACUUGUAACUAAUUUUAUCAUGAUGAUGUUUUGGCUAGUUGUCAAUGGGCCAAUGGUUUUGACAUAAAAGUGGAGAAAAUAUAAUGAAGAGAACUAAUAUCUUUUAGAUCCAAAGCAAGAAAGACUUCUUGAAGAACUUGAUAAUCCUAAAUAUUACUCUACUUAAUUGGUUACUUACGCUUUAAAGACAAAAGGUCCAAAUUACCCUAAAUUUUAAUAAAACUCUUUUCUUAGAUUCGGCAAUUUGUGGGGUUAGGUCAAAUAUUAUGAAUCCUCAUUUAUGUUUAUGUUGAAAGAUGGUUCAUUUGUUUAUCUGUGCUUCUACAUAUCAUGUACUGUUUUGGGUUUCUUUUUUGAUAAUAUUGUGUAUAGUAUAUAACUAUUAGAUAUUAUCAAUCAAUUCCCUUCAUUGAAAAAUGUUACAAGAGCAGUACAGCUAAAUGCUAAUUAGCUACUAAAAACUUUAUUGUUAGGCAUAAUUGUAAUUUUUAUAUUCUCAGUAGUAGGCUACACUUUCGCAGUAGAUAGUUUCUUUUCUGAGGAAAUAGGACAUGGCGAAAAUAUGUGUUCAAACCUAUUUUAGUGUUUCAUAGAUACAUUGAAUUAUGGAUUGAGAACAGAUGGUGGUAUAAGUAAUACACUUAGAAGAUAAUCUUUUGAAUUUGAUAAUAGAGGUACUUACAUUUUUAGAGUCAUUUAUGAUGUAAGCUGGUUUGCAUUAAUUAAUGUCAUCUUUAUAAAUAUCAUAUUUGGUGUUAUCAUUGAUACUUUUGGCUAACUUAGAGAUAAAAAAAGAGAAGUGAUAGAGGACAUGAAAAACGUUUGCUUCAUAUGCGGAUUAGAGAGAUACGUGUUUGAUAAGCAUGCUGAUGGAUUUAAUAAUCAUAUUGAAAGAGAUCAUUAAUUAUGGAAUUAUAUAUUCUAUAUGUAUUAUCUUUCUAAGAAAGACUCAACUGAUUUUAAUGGAGUAGAAACAGAAGUUAUUUAAAAGAUUAAAAAUGAGGAUAUAAGUUGGUUCCCAAUGAUGAAAUCAUUAAGUUUGGGAGAAAUAGAAAAGAAAAAUGGAUUGGGUGAUAAAGUAAUAAAUAAUUUAGAUGAAAUGAGCGAUUCAUUCAAAGAUUUAUAAGAAAAAAUUAUAUUCUUAUAAACAUAGUUGAAAAAAGAGCAACAAAUGAAUAAAAUUUAAUAAAAAGCACUUAACUCAGUUUCAUAAAUUUGCUGA